GUUUUGUUUCUAAUCUACGCGAAUGUUAGUUGAAUAUGAUUAAUUACAUAGUUAGCGCACAAGUGAAGGGAGAACAGAUAACACGCACUUGUCGUCUUCUCUCGUGCUGCUGUUUUCUGCGCUAAACUUCCUCUAGUUCCUGGUUACUGACAUGUUGGUCACGUGAUUAUGGUGUCUGGAUAAAUAGUUUUUGAGAGCCGCGAGGGGGAAUACUUGGAGACACACUCAUGCACGGUGCUACAGCUGUACUCGAUAACGCACUUUCGAAAAAUGAAAACAAACCUGUUAGUGAAUGCAUAGUUGUAGUACUUUAUAAAUAUUCAAUGUUUAUAUUGCACAUGGACCAACUACUGCUUCGAGGUCUUAACUGAUUGUACAGCUCGGAUUUAUUGAGCAUUGAGGUCCGGACAGUUAUUCUGUUAUGUAAGUCUGCUGUUAUUCUUUCGAGGGUUUGCAGUUGAUAGUAUUUUUAUGCUGCUCCGGGACAUAAAGAACAGCUUAUUUUUACAUUUUGAGGACGGGGAUUUUGUCGGUCCAGAGCACACAAGUGACUGAGAGGACAAAUUGCUUGUGGUGGGUGCUUCACGAGACUGGACACGGAACGCGAGAGAGGAAGACAAAAAGACUCUCCAAAGAUGACUCUGGGGACGGACAUGUCGGACAGUUCUGCACUGUCCGACGACCUGGACAUCGAUGUUGUUGGUGGGGAAAUUGUAAAAGAGGGUAAAUAUCUUCACCAUCAUCACAAUUUUCAAUUGGACAAUGACUCCGAUGAUAAUCUAUCCCAAAAUGCGGGAGAGGGCGCAAUCUCUCCGGGGCAAAGUAGCCUGGACUGUCCGGGUGACCGGGUAGGUCCACGGGAUGAAAACGGGACCGGGGCUUUGCCUGGAGAUAAGCCAGGGAAAAACGCAUUGGUGAAACCUCCUUAUUCCUACAUAGCCUUAAUUACGAUGGCUAUCCUUCAGAGCCCAAAGAAAAGAUUGACUUUAAGCGAGAUCUGCGAGUUCAUCAGCAACAGGUUCCCGUAUUACCGGGAGAAAUUUCCUGCGUGGCAAAACUCUAUCCGUCACAACCUGUCUCUUAAUGACUGCUUUGUCAAAAUACCCCGUGAACCCGGUAACCCUGGCAAAGGCAAUUACUGGACGCUCGACCCAGAGUCUGCCGACAUGUUUGACAAUGGGAGUUUUCUGCGCAGAAGGAAGCGCUUCAAAAGACAUCAGACCAAUGAGAUACUUAGGGACGUUGGGGGAUUUCUACCUGGCUUUGGCUAUGGACCUUACGGUUACAACUACGGCCUGCAGCUGCAAAAUUUCCACGCGCAUCACCCCUAUCAUCCACACCACGCGGGUGGCGCGUUCCCUUUCCAAAACGCACCUUGUGCGCUCCCAACCCCUUCUUCAAUAUUUUCGACCCCACACUCAUUGCCUUCAUUUUUAGGUACCGAGCUCAGAAAGCCAUUCUAUCCCCAACUCAGCCCGACUCUUCCCAGUCUUGCGCCACUCAAAACGGACACUAAUGCGUCAAGUCGGCCUUCUUUCUCUAUAGACAAUAUAAUUGGUGCAGCUAGCUCACCGGCCUCUCCUUAUAAUGCGCAACCGAGUGGACAGGCUCAGAUCUUGGCCAUGCUAACUCCUUCACUUGCUUCGGCCACGAAUCAUUUGAACCUGGCGCAAGAAACGAUGCUGCAGCCUGGCACACAGACAUUCUCGAGCAAAACGUCAAGCCUUAACAAUUGCCAUUUGUAAACUGGCAGCAAAUUGAAUGUGCAGCAGUCCAAUUUAAUAUGGUUGUGUCUUCAUUUGCUAAGGUAGGAUUUACACUUUUGCAAGAUUGAAAUGCGUCCCGUUUUAUGUUCCCGAAUUGUUAAAUAAAAUAGUAAUUGAUUAUAUUUAUGGACUGUAUAUAUGUAAUAUAUGACGUGAAAUACACGCUGAAAAGAGAGAAUUAGGACCAUGUAAAUAGUAAGCUAAAUAUGAGGUUAAGAGCCUACCCUUUGGACGGCCAGUGGACCUUUACCGCUGUCCAAUAGGCUAAGUAAAAUAGUUUGUACUCAUUGACAUAAAAUUUUCUCGUUGGAUGAACUUAAAUGAAGAUUGUUUAAUUAUUUUAUUAUUUUGUAUAUUUUGUGAGUUUGUGAAAAGCACUGUCAAUACCGAGACUGAAACUCAGGAUUUACUUGUUUUGAAAGCACAUUUCCAGAGACAAUGGGGGCUGUAUAUAGAUUACACAGGUUAACGUCCCACUUGCCCUCAUUCUCUCAACAGACGUGUUCUGGUGAUUUUAUUCCUAUUUUAUUUCUGUUGAUAGAUGAUUAUGUGGUUUUUGGUGUAAAUCGCAUUACCUCUCUUUCUGUCUGACUCUUGUGCAUACGUCAAUACAUAUUUCAUUAUUCCAUUAAAAUAAUCUGUGAAAAGAAUGUUGUUCUAUGUAAAGAGACAAAACAAUGUCUAUAGGUCAUUUUUGUUGUAAUGACAAAACAAUAAAUGUUUGUGAAUUUUAA